AUGGAGGUGGAUCAAGUUUUGAGUUUUGUUUGCAAGUUGUGCAACAAGAGUUAUCCAUGUGGGAAGUCACUAGAGGGUCACAUGAGGUCUCAUAUAAUUGCUAAUUCUACUGAAUCUGAGGAAAAAGUUGAAGCUAACAUGAAAAAGAUGAUGUUUGUUAACGGUGGUGGAAAGAAUUUCAUCAAAGAGUCGAAGGUUGUUGAAUUUGGAAAUGGACAAUCAAGUUAUGUACUAAGAGGAAAUCCCAGGAAAACAUGGAGGGCUGUCGGUUCGACCUUUCCCUUGCCACUUGAGAAGGUCUGCAAAGAAUGUGGUAAAGGGUUUCAAUCAAUGAAAGCAUUGUGUGGUCAUAUGGCGUGUCAUUCGGAGAGGGAGAGGGGUUUGAAGGACGAUAAUUCUUGGACGGCGAUGGAUAGUUAUUCGGAUACUGAGGUUGAGGAUUUUAGGCUGAGAACAAGAUCAGCAAAGAGUAAGAGGUACAAGAAUGUAGUUCUUAAGUCACCUCCUUUUUCUUUAGCUAAUGGUUCUUCGUCUGUUUCUGAGGUCGAGGAGCAAGAACAAGAGGACGUAGCCUUGUGUUUAAUGAUGUUGUCUAGGGACUCUGGGAAUGUGAAUUCAGUUGUCGAGUCUCUUGAUAAUAAUUCAGUUGUUCUCGCGACUAAAUCUUCGUCCGUUGACAUGAAAAUUCGUGGAAAGGAAUGCCUAGAAUAUGUUCAAAAUGCAGGCGAGACUCCUCAAAUGAAGAAAAUUGCGGAUAGGAAAUCAAAAGCUAUUGCUUUGGAUGAUGACGUUGCUCAAAUGGACAACUCAGAUUCCGGUUAUUUCUUAGAUGAAUGCACUAAGGUUUACUCCGAUAUAUCGGUGGAUGGGUUCUAUAGAAACAGUUCUUCCAAUGAUUCCAAGAAGCUGUGUAUGAGCGUUGGAGCUAGACGUGAGGAGUCUGCUACUGAAUUCAGGAAGAACUUGUAUGGAGUCGAGCAUUUUGAAACAGAGAUAAGAAAGGAAUUUACGAAGGAACAUGCAUAUGGGAUGACUUGGAAUUCUGCUAAGAUUGAGUCACGAAAGAGAAAGUACAUUUCUGAGAGUAGAAGGAUGGAAAAUGGUUCUUCACAAGUACGCAAUAAGGCUCAGACGAGAAGUAAAUAUGAAUGCUUGAAUUGUAAAAAGACCUUCAACUCGUAUCAGGCUCUUGGAGGCCAUAGACCCUGCCACAAAAAAAGCAAUGUUCUUUCUGAAUCACAGUACGAAACUAGUGAAAACAGCCUAGACGACAACACUCUUGAUUCCAGAUUUGCACGUAAGCAUGGAGGGUUAGUUAGCAAUAAGAAACCAAUUGCUAAAAAUUCAUCCAACAAUUUGGAGAAAAAUGUUAAGCCUAAGAAAAACAAAGUGCACGCAUGUCCAUUCUGCGACAAGGUUUAUAAGAACGGCCAGGCUUUAGGGGGGCACAAGAGAUCUCAUUUUAUCAGUGGUCAUAGGGAGAAAAACAAUCAAACUCAAGAAAUCAAGUCCGAUCUUCCCAAUUUACUGGAUCUUAAUCUUCCGGCUCCAGAGGAUGAUGACGACGAUGUGCUGCCAAUUCUUCCACAGCAGGUUCGGAUAACCUGA